GUGUGCGACCGAACGGGGAAGUGGGAAACUAGAGAUUCUAAUAGAAAUGGAACCGGAGUUUUUCAUCCCGGUAGUAGGCGGCGGCGGAGGAGGAGGAGGAAUUGUAGGCGACUGGGAGGAAAGAGGCGGGGAUGAAGAAUAUGGUGAGGCAGAGGAUGAUGCCGAGGUGCAGCAGGAAUGUAUACAAAAAUUUUCUAGCCGGGAUUAUAUCAUGGAGCCUGCAAUAUUCCACACCUUAAAGAGGUAUUUCCAGGCCGGCGGGUCUCCUGAGCAUGUCAUACAGCUUCUUUCAGAGAAUUACAGUGCUGUAGCGCAGACAGUGAAUCUGCUUGCAGAAUGGCUCAUUCAAUCAGGGGUGGAGCCAAGUCAGGUUCAGGAAACAGUCGAAAAUCAUCUAAAGAGUUUGCUGAUCAAACACUUUGACCCAAGGAAAGCAGACUCCAUUUUUACAGAGGAAGGAGAGACACCAGCUUGGCUGGAGCAGAUGAUUGCACACACCACAUGGAGAGACCUCUUUUACAAGCUUGCUGAGGCCCAUCCUGACUGCCUGAUGUUAAACUUUACUGUGAAGCUGAUCUCAGAUGCAGGGUACCAAGGUGAAAUUACCAGUGUAUCCACUGCGUGCCAGCAGCUGGAAGUCUUCUCUAGGGUGCUGCGUACCUCACUGGCCACUAUACUUGAUGGGGGAGAGGAGAAUUUGGAGAAGAAUCUGCCAGAAUUUGCAAGGAUGCUGUGUCAUGGUGAGCAUACCUAUUUAUUUGCUCAGGCCAUCAUGUCCAUUUUGGCUCAGGAGGAACAAGGGGGAUCUGCAAUGCGCAGAAUAGCUCAAGAGGUCCAAAAAUUUGCUCAUGAAAAGGGUCAUGAUGCAAGUCAGAUCACCCUGGCACUAGGCUCUGCUGCUUCCUACCCGCGGGCAUGUCAAGCACUUGGGGCAAUGCUGUCUAAAGGAGCCCUUAAUCCUGCAGAUAUUACAGUGUUGUUCAAGAUGUUUACAAGCAUGGACCCUCCUCCUGUUGAGCUGAUCAGAGUCCCAGCAUUCCUCGACCUGUUCAUGCAGUCUCUUUUCAAGCCAGGGGCUAAAAUUAACCAGGAUCAUAAACAUAAAUAUAUUCACAUCCUAGCUUAUGCAGCUAGUGUUGUGGAGACAUGGAAGAAGAACAAGAGAGUUAACAUUAAUAAGGAUGAGCUGAAGUCCACUUCCAAAGCAGUGGAGACUGUCCACAAUCUGUGCUGUAAUGAAAACAAAGGGGCGUCCGAGCUGGUGGCUGAGCUCAGUACUCUGUAUCAGUGCAUCAGGUUCCCUGUGGUGGCUAUGGGUGUCCUUAAGUGGGUGGACUGGACGGUGUCUGAGCCUCGCUAUUUCCAGCUUCAGACGGAUCACACUCCUGUACAUCUGGCACUGCUGGAUGAGAUCAGCACCUGCCACCAACUGCUUCAUCCGCAGGUUCUUCAACUGCUUAUCAAACUGUUUGAAACUGAGCAUUCACAACUGGAUGUCAUGGAACAGAUGGAACUGAAGAAGACCCUGUUGGACAGAAUGGUCCACCUGCUAAGCCGUGGUUAUGUUUUACCAGUUGUUAGCUACAUCCGCAAGUGCCUGGAGAAGCUGGACACCGAUAUCUCACUCAUUCGCUAUUUUGUAACAGAGGUAUUGGAUGUUAUCGCUCCUCCUUACACCUCAGACUUUGUGCAGCUCUUUCUUCCUAUUCUGGAAAAUGAGAGCAUUGCUGGUACCAUUAAAACUGAAGGGGAGCAUGACCCUGUAACAGAGUUUGUAGCUCACUGUAAAUCCAAAUUUAUCAUGAUAAACUAAGGUGGAGACGAGAAGCUGACACAAUAUUCAUGCUUUUGCUGCAAGAAACCAUAAAGGAUGUCUCUCUUUAUUAGUAAAGUAUAAAUAGGACAUUUAGUUGAUGGUCCGAUCUAGCAGAUGAAACAUUUAAUCUUGUUGGUCGUCAUUAUGUGACAAAUGUUCUAAAUUAAUGUCUGAGUGUAUAUAUGUAUUAUAUAUGUAUGUAUGUGUGUGUGUGUAUUGCAUACAAAUACCAAAGUGUUUUUUAAGUUGUACAGAAAUUUUAGUUGUUUUUGAAAGUACUUUUUUUUUUUACCAAAAGAAACGUCCUGAAUAAAUGUCCUGAACAAA